ACGCAGAAAAAAUGUGUGCCCAACCGCACCAGAAAUUAUACGUGUCUUUGUCCCGUACCGUCGCUGGCCUCCUCCCCUCCUCGCUUGAAAAGCUCCAGCUAGGAGUCGACUGUAAAAUUAUCAUAAGAAUCUUAUCGAUUGAAGUCCACAAUUAGGGUUUUCUACUUUAGGGAAAGUUGAAAUUUACUUGUGGUGACCGGCCAUUGAGUAAGUACGAUUUGAGUUGAGAUGCAUUGGAGGAAAAUGAAAGGGACUGCAGAAGACGGCCAUUGGUGUAGGAGGGGAGGGGACUUAUGUGAUCUCAACAAGUUUUGAGACUUCUUUGAGGUGUUGCUUGAAAAGUUAGGGUCACUUGUGCUGUUAAAGCUAAUAUAGCUAUGAUAUUAUACUUGACAAUUGUCUAGCAAGAAUGCCAGGCAUACCCCUAGUGGCUCGUGAAACCUCCUCCUAUUCCAGAAGCACAGAUCAGAUGUGCCGUGAGGACUCUCGUGUACAUCUGUCUGCAGAAGAGAAAAUUGCCGCUGAAGAGAGUCUCUCAAUCUAUUGCAAGCCUGUUGAGCUUUACAAUAUUCUACAACGACGUGCUAUAAGAAAUCCAAUAUUUCUUCAAAGAUGUUUGCACUACAAGAUUCAGGGAAAGCACAAAAGGAGAAUACAAAUGACAAUUUCUCUGUCAGGGACUCUAAAUGAAGGUGCACACACUCAGGGAUUGUUUCCUUUAUACAUUUUGUUGGCUAGGCUAAUUUCUGACAAGGCGACAGUUGAACAUUCUGCAGUAUACAAAUUCAGUCGAGCGUGUGUCUUGACAAGUUUCCUUGGAAUUGAUGGGAGUAAUCAAGCUCAAGCAAGCUUUGUUCUUCCUGAAAUUAAUAAACUUGCACUGGAGGCCAAAUCAAAUACUCUUGCUGUUUUGUUUAUCAGCUUUGCUGGAACUCAAAAUCCCCAGUGUGGUAAUGAUUCGAUGAAAGUUCAUUCAGGAAAUGGUGGAGGAUAUUGUCUAUGGGGCAAGAUACAAUUGGAAUCAUUAUACAUGUCAUGGGAGAAGUCCCCAAACAUGAGUUUGGGACAGAGAGCUGAGGUGAUGUCAUUCGUUGACAUACACCCUUGCUUUGUAAAGAUGAGUUGUUUGAACGAGGACAAAUGUAUCUCAAUUCAAGUUCCUAAUAAUUGUGGAAGCGUGAACACAGCACAACAGGUGCAAGUCACCAUUUCUGCAGAAGAGAUUGGGGCAAAGGAGAAGUCUCCUUAUAAUUCUUAUACAUGUAGUGACAUUUCAUCCUCAUCAACAUUAUCUCAUAUUAUUCGGUUGCGAACUGGAAAUGUAAUUUUCAAUUAUAGGUACUACAACAACAAAUUGCAGAGGACUGAAGUAACUGAAGACUUUUCAUGUCCUUUCUGCUUGGUAAAAUGUGCAAGCUUUAAGGGUCUUAGGCUUCACUUACCAUCAUCACACGAUCUCUUCCAUUUUGAAUUCUGGGUUACUGAAGAGUAUCAAGCUGUAAAUAUAUCUGUGAAAACUGAUAUCUGGAGAUCUGAGAUCGUUGCAGAUGGUAUUGACCCCAAACAACAAACGUUCUUUUUCUGCUCAAGGAAAUUAAAACGCAGGAGACAAAAGAACAUAGUACAAAAUGCAGAAAAUGGAUGUCCACUUGCUUUAGAGUCUAACCUACCUGGUCUGGGUCAGGCUCUUGAUAAGGUUGAUGAUGCUCAUUCCAGUAAAGGUGAAAAAGCUCGUAUUUCAGGUGGGAGUGAUUUGCAUAAUGCUAGCAUUAGUAGUAUGGAAUAUGUGCAAGAUGAUCCAUCUAUCUCUAAUUUUACGGGGCUUUCAGGUGCAUUUGGAGAAGCUGACUGUGUUCAAUCAGUAUCUGGAAACAACCUUGAACCUUCUUCUGUGCUACAAUUUGCAAAAACCAGAAAGCUGUCUGCAGAGCGACCGGAUCAAAGAAAUCGAACUCUUCUUCAAAAGCGACAGUUUUUCCACUCCCAUAGAGCUCAGCCAAUGGCAUUGGAGCAAGUAAUGUCGGAUCGAGACAGUGAGGAUGAAGUUGAUGAUGAUGUUGCGGAUUUUGAAGAUCGAAGAAUUCUUGAUGAUUUUGUGGAUGUGACCCGAGAUGAGAAGCAAAUGAUGCACUUGUGGAACUCAUUUGUGAGGAAACAGCGAGUGCUCGCAGAUGGUCAUAUUCCGUGGGCAUGUGAAGCAUUUUCUAGAUUGCAUGGAUCUGACCUUGUUCGUUCCCCAGCCUUGCUUUGGUGUUGGAAACUGUUUAUGAUCAAGCUGUGGAAUCAUGGGCUUCUUGAUGCACGUACCAUGAACAAUUGUAGUAUUAUUCUUCAACAGUUCCAGAAGCAGGACUCAGAUCCUAUGAAAAACUAAAGAUUGAUGUUUCUUCUUUAUUAUUUGUUUUUUUUUUCUUCUUUUUUAAAUAAUCUGUUCUCAUUUUAAUGAACGCUCAAUAGGCAAGGCAAAGAGAAGAAACAAACGAGUUAAUUGUACAUUCGCAACAUGUGCUCUCUUGGGAAGUGUUGGUGUUCUAUGAAUCUUGUGCCAAACAUGAUAUGAUUUAUGGAUAGAUAAAAACCAUAAAGAAGAAAAGGACAUUUGUUAAUUUC